GCCAGCUAUGUUGCCUCUAGACCACCGAAACGAAAGGUGAGGGAAAGGGGAAGUUUGUUAUUUUUUUCUUCCAGAUUAACCGAAUCCAGAACGAACGUGAACAACAGGUUCUUGUCAGACUACAGGAACAAUGGCAUCUGGAGGUGGAAAUAAGAAAAGACAACCAGGAAACAGGAAGAAUCGGGAAGCCAAUGUCGAUUCCAAUUUGCAGCACUGUGAUGAUAACAGUGUGGCCCACAAUGCCGAGCAUCACUUAAUGCCAGAACAAUGUGAAGAGCCCAUGUCUACAGACUCACACGAAGCGGGAACAUUUAACCAGCAGCAUUUGGGGCCAGCAGCACAAUAUUGUCAACAGAAACAACAUCAGCAACAUCAACAACAAGUGCAGCAUCAUAUGCACGUACAACAUAAUCCCUCAAGCCCUCAUCAGCACUGCAGCACACAAGUCCAUGACCAUAAUAUAUCCGAGUCCUUGCACUCGCACACGACCACGUUGUCUUCUCUAAACACAGGCUUUUCUGGUCCAGUGCCUUAUAACUGGCAAGCCUCCAAAACUAAUGUCAAAGACCGACUUGCAUUUAUGUUCAACAACGAAGUUAUGAGUGAUGUCCACUUUGUAGUUGGGAAAGAGAUGAAUACACAGAGGAUACCAGCACAUAAGUUUGUCCUCUCUGUAGGAAGUGCUGUAUUUGAUGCCAUGUUUAACGGCGCCAUGGCAACAACAUCUGAAGACAUCGAGCUCCCUGAUGUUGAACCAGCAGCAUUUUUGGCAUUGUUACGCUUUCUGUACUCAGAUGAAGUUCACAUUGAUGCUGAGACUGUCAUGACAACAUUGUACACGGCCAAGAAGUAUGCUGUCCCUGCCUUGGAGACUGCUUGUGUGGACUUUCUUAAGAAAAAUCUAUGCAGUGAUAAUGCAUUCAUGCUGCUCACCCAGGCUCGGCUAUUUGACGAACCUCAGCUUGCUGGCCUCUGUUUGGAGACAAUUGACAAGAACACAUAUGAAGCUCUGAGUGCUGAAGGUUUCACUGACAUUGACAGAGACACCUUGUGUGUUGUACUGGAAAGAGACACUCUAGGCAUCAGGGAGAGCAAGCUAUUCAGUGCAGUGUGCCGUUGGGCCGAGGCAGAGUGUCAACGUCACGGCAUUGCCAUCACCCCAGAAAACCAACGCCAGGUGCUUGGACCGGCCUUGCAGCAGAUCCGAUUCCCGCUGAUGUCAGUGGAAGAGUUUGCAAUGGGGCCUGCCCAGUCCAAUUUGUUACAGGACAGGGAGACAGUGCAGCUGUUUCUGUACUUCACUGUCAACCCCAAGCCUACUGUGCCCUUUUUAGACGUGCCCCGAUGCUGUUUGACUGGGAAGGAACAAGUGGUGUCCAGGUUUUGUCAGAUUGAGAGUAGAUGGGGCUACAGUGGUACCAGUGACAGGAUCAGGUUUAUGGUGAACAGGCGGAUAUUUGUUGUUGGUUUUGGUCUAUAUGGCAGUAUCCAUGGCCCAGCUGAAUAUGUGGUUAACAUUCAGAUUAUUUGUACAGACACUGGUAAGAUAGGUGGUCAGAGUAACAGCACUUUUCAGUGUGAUGGAUCCAACUCUACCUUCCGUUUGAUGUUCAAGGAACCUGUGGAAAUCUUGCCUAACAUCAACUAUACUGCCUGUGCUACUCUGAAGGGUCCGGAUUCCUAUUACGGCACAAAAGGGCUGCGUAAGGUGACCCACGAGUCCCCCACCAGUGGCAAGGUGACAUUUCAGUUCACCUACGCAGCAGGCAAUAACAAUGGCACAUCGGUUGAGGAUGGACAGAUACCAGAAAUCAUAUUCUACACAUGAGGAUAUCUUGAGGAUGAAGAAGAAGGCAAAUUAUUGGCAUGAAGAACUCCUUCAAUACUGUUGCGGAUUGCAUUGUAAAAAGAUAUAUAUAUAUAUAUAUAUAUAUAUAUGUUCUGUGUGGCGUGUUUGGAUUCCACUUUGUCAAAAUGAGGAGAUUUUUAGGCUGUCCUUGGCGUGGGAAUAUUUUCAUGAAAAUCAAAAUAGAUAAAUUAAGGUGGUCAUUUGAAAGAGAAAGUAUUGAAAUUGAGAUCAUAAUUUAUCUUAUGGGGUAUUUUGUGCCAUUAAUAUGCCUUCAAGAGAAGUUUUAGCUUCAGACAAUCUAAUGUACAAUCAAUCCUGAAAGAAGUUGCCAAUUUAAGAAUUAUAUUGAAUUAGCAUUAUAUGGGAUUGAGUUUAGAAGAGCGAUUGGAUUGAAAAUGGCAUGCCAACCAAUAUCUUUGUCUGAUGUGCAAUCUUAUUGAAAGUUUGAUGUAUUCAUUGGAAGGAAACUAAAGAAUUUUUGGAAUUCUUGACUUUGUGGGCUUUUUUUCUAAUAACCAAGAACUUUGGGAGCCAAAUAUGUGCAGCUUUUGGAAAAAAUGUUGAAAAUGUAUGUAUUUCAUGCUAAGAGCAACUUUUUCUGAAAUGAUUUCUUACUUUUUAAGGACCAACAAUUAAGAAACAGUUUCUUGGCUUAAAAUUUAUGCUUAAGCUAAUUAAGGUCAGCCCUUUGAAGAAGGUACUUUCAGUGCUAUGUAAAGUUGUACAAAAUGUCUUUUGCGUGUAGUUAAAAAUUGUCAACAGUAGUGGGUAUAAGUAAUUGAGUGCUCUUCUCUUAAUUGCAUCAUUAGAAUUUCAAGCCAACUCUUUCAAAUUUCUUAUAUAUCCGCACAAAAGUUAUUCUAAAUAUACCUAAAUUUGAAAGGAAUGCCAGCAAGUUCUUAUUUUAUAAGACUUUCAUUAGAUGUGUUUGGGUGGCUUUUUAGUGCUUGGCCCAUUUCUCUAAUGUAGGCAUCAAUUUUGAACAAUUAAAGUUGAAAAUUGGUUGCCAGCGCCCAAAUAGUGGACAAAUGUUGCUUGUUGCUAAGAUCAUGUGCAAUUAAACUAAAGUUCAGAAUAGCUGUAAUGAAAUCAUGUGUGUUGGCAAUUGGACAGGUUACAUGAGCUAGUUUGAAUACCAAUAUAUUCCUUCCUUUUUUUUUGUCUUUUCUAUUAAUUUUUCACCUUGUCAAAAAUUCUUAGACUGAUGCUAAGAGAAUUUCAGUAUUAAAUUUUCUUCUAUUAUAUCUUUAAAAUUUACUAAAUGUGUUGUUAAAUCUCUAUUGUAAAACAUCACUUUACAAGUGAUAUUUAAUCUUUUUUUCUUUUUUCUGGAUUUGUUGUUGAUAAUCUCUUCAUGAGGUAUAAACAGAAAACAAGACAGUUAAAUGUCUAAACAUACUAAAACAAGACAAAUGAUUGUACAAUCAUUAUUGAACUCUAUUGCAAAUAAACACAACGUCGAUGUA